GUUAAAAAAUACGAAACGCCACCAACUUUCACCAUUUUAUGGCACUUGGCAGCGUUGUACCCUCCACCGAGAAAUGAAGAAAAAGAACUGUAAAAAGGGCACUGAAAAGUUGUAGCUUUCAGAUCUCUCUCUACUGAUUUUAAUUUUCAGGGUAGCCUGCAAACUCGUCAGUACUAGACCAUGAGGAGUGCUAGUAGAUCUGGUGUAGUUACAAUUAGCAAUUUGCCUUGUAAUGUUGUGGAUGGGAUUCUAGGGUGCUUGCCUUUGAAAGAUGCAGUGAAGACCAGUAUCUUGUCAAAAGACUGGAGGUACAAAUGGGUAACACGUCAAGAACUUGAUUUUAGUGAUGAGUUUUUCAAGUCUUUCAAAGAAAAACAAGAAGCCAAGGCAAUCAUUUACCAAGUCCUACUACUCCAUAGAGGACCAAUACUGAAGUUUAAACUUGGAGGUCGUAACUUGAAAAGUUGUCCGGAUAUUGAUCACUGGAUACUCUUCUUGUCAAAGAAAAAUGUCCAGGAAUUCACCCUUUACAUGUGGUCAGACAACAAAUAUUAUUUACCUUCUCACUUGUUUACAUUCCAGGAACUAAGGUAUCUGGAAGUUAGUGAAUGCUUGUUCCACCCUCCACCCGGUUUCGAAGGGUUUGAGAAGCUUAUUAGUCUUGAUCUUCAGCAUGUCACCUUUGUUCCAGCAACAUUCAAAGAUUUCAUCUUAAAAUGCCCAUCGCUUGAAAGAUUAAUGUUGCGUUGGUGCACAGACUUUGACACCCUUGAAAUUGAUGCCCCUACUCUCAAAUUCUUUGAUUUUACAGGAGAAUCAAAGUCCAUUUGCUUCAAGAACGCUCCUAUGCUUGAAAACGUUUCUGUGUAUCUUUCUGUUUCACGAGUCUUGCCUUAUCCAUCUCAUGUUUGUUCUAAUCUUACAAAGUUCUUCCAUUACAUGCCUUCCCUGAAGGAACUGGAUCUAUGUAAUUCUACAUUAGAGUACUUGAUCAUGGGAGGUGUACCAGAGAGGCCCCCAACUGCUCUGAACAAUAUCAAAUCUCUCAGAAUGUCGGACAUGUCUUUCAGAAACGUUGAGCAGGUUUCAGGUGCUGUUUACUUGAUUACAAGCUGCCCCAAAUUACAAGAGCUUACAAUUGAUAUUACUGUUUCAGCGGGAAAUGUUGUGGAACCUGUUGUAGAAUUCUUACGAGCCCAAUCAAUCUCAUGUGGUGUUGCGAAGCUGCUUCAAAGAGUGGAGAUGAGUUAUUUUACUGGUGCUGAGACGGAAAUGGAAUUUGUUAGAUUUAUAUUGGCAUCAGCACCUGUACUCGAGGAAAUCUUAAUUUGGAAUGUUGCGCAUCACUUUCAUCGGAGUACUCAGAUGAUGGAUGAUGAGAUGAAACUAUUCGGCCGAGCAUCACCCAAUGUUAGAAUCAUACUUGAAGUUUUCACAGAAGAAGACUGUGUGUUACUUGAACCCGAAGAAGUCAUGGAUUAAGUGCCAUGGCUUUGCUUAUUAUUUUUACUUGGUCUAGUCCAUGUUCUUCCCUAAUACUCUCUCAUCUGGAGGUUUGUGCUCUCUGAUAAAAUCGUAUGUUGCAAUUACUAAUAGUUGAACUAGUAGUUGUAUGGCUAUGGAGACAUAUCAAGAUUUUGUAUUCAUGGCAAGUCUUUUGGAUAGUCUUUAUAUAGUAAAUUUAAUGUGGGAAGGCAUUAAUUUGCUAUGUUCAAUUAGUUAACUUUCCUGAUGUUAGUUUCCAGAAGUGUUAGCAAAGUCGCUAGUAUUAUACCAUGAGGAUUUCUCA